CACAAAUAAGCUGUUGAGGCAGGCAGGCAGGCUGGUGUAAACAAGGGGCAAAAGGUUGAAGAGAGUCAAACAGUGAUCGGCGAUGGGAACCCUAGGAAGAGCUGCCUACACCGUCGGAUUUUGGAUCCGGGAAACGGGUCAAGCCAUGGAUCGUCUCGGCUCACGCCUUCAGGGCAACAAUUUCUUCAAAGAACAACUGUCCAGGCACCGAACUCUUAUGAAUGUAUUCGAUAAAGCCCCUGUGGUUGCUAAAGAUGCAUUUGUGGCCCCGAGUGCGUCCGUCAUUGGGGAUAUUCAAGUAGGAUCAGGAUCGUCUAUUUGGUAUGGAUGUGUUUUGAGAGGUGAUGUGAACAGCAUUAGUAUCGGAUCGGGCACUAACAUACAGGACCAUUCACUUGUUCAUGUUGCAAAAUCUAAUCUACCGGGAAAGGUGCAUCCUACGGUGAUUGGUGACAAUGUGACCGUCGGUCAUAGUGCUGUUUUACAUGGAUGCACGGUUGAGGAUGAAGCUUUUGUUGGUAUGAAAGCGACACUUCUUGACGGAGUUGUUGUAGAGAAACAUGCGAUGGUUGCUGCCGGAGCCCUUGUUCGACAAGAUACUAGAAUUCCCAGUGGCGAGGUAUGGGGAGGUAAUCCUGCUAAGUUCCUAAGAAAGCUUACAGACGAAGAGAUAGCUUUCAUUGCUGAGUCAGCAGCCAACUACAAGAGCCUAGCCCAAGUUCAUGCCACCCAGAAUGCCGAGCCACUUGACCAAACGGACUUUUUAAAAGUGGUACAAAAAAAGGCGAAUGAAGCCAAGACUCUAAUCCAAUAAUUGUUGGCAAAAGCACGAAAGAGGUUAUCUCGUUAAUAAAUUUGUCAUCAAGGUACUUUUCUCCUGGUGAGUUUUUUUUUUUUUUUUUUUUUUUUUUUUUUUUUUUUUAAUAAAGAAUGAACAUAUCAGUGUUAGAAAGGUUAUGAUUUGUUGUAUUGCUUGUUUACCAUUCAUGCAUUUGAAUGGAUCUGAUGUAUUUUGUGCCCCAGUCGAUGUGGGUUGAAUCGGAAUUAAAGUUAUUUGAACCAUGCGGGUCUUUGAUCCAUUUAACAUCAA